AUGAAUCCAAAUUAUUCCUGGCCCUCUUAUAGAUCGGGUGUUCUUGUUGACUUUCCCGAUAAUUUUCAUAUGGAAAAAAUAGAUUGGGAUAAAGAAGUUAUUGGGAAGUUUUAUGGCGACAAUCCUCCUUCUUUCUUGAUGGUUCAACGGAUAGUUGAUACAAGAUGGCUUAAACGAGAUAAUAUAACAGUUCAUAAAACAGGGCUUUUCUUUGUGUUUGUGUGCUCCCAUUUGCGGGAUAUUGAAGCUUUACUGGAGCAACGCACAUCAGUUAUUGAUGGUAGAAUUGUGUCAUUUCUCCGUGGAAGUCGGGGAACAAUUUUACCUGAUCUAGACUUCGAAUCUGCUCAGUUAUGGAUCCGAAUUGUAGGCCUUCCACUGGGUAUGCUCUACCCAGAAUGGGCGUUAGAGUGUUUGCGUCAUGUGGGUAAUGUAGAUUAUUUUCAUGUGGAAGGGCAUGGUUUGCCACCGGAACCAGAAUUCAGGGCUUGUGUUACUCUUAACCUUGAGAAGCCACUAAUUCCAGGCUGCUAUGUGCCGACAGGGGAUGGACAAGUGGAAAAUAUUAAAGAUGGUGGUCAAGGAGAGGUGGAUGAUAAUGGAGGUGGAGGAGGAAACAAUAAUGGAGGCGGGAAUGUAGGCGAUGAUGGAGGGGAAGGAGAUGGUAAUGGAGGUGGGAAUAAUGCAGGGACCUAUCAAAAUUGGUUCAUUCCUAAUGUUGGGGGAUGUCUUGAUGAAAGUGAGAAUGUAAAUUCAAAUAAGAGCAGUGGUAAUGGAGGGGGUAAUAUAUCAAAUGGGUAUAUCAAUAAUACGAAUAAUGGUAAAGAUGAUAAUGCUAAGGAUGAGGUGUUGGGGUCAGAUUUCUUUGCCACUACAUCGCAAAGCUCAAUUGAAAAGGUUAGGUGGAGGAAGUUCGAAGCAAUAACAAUGUAA